AGUUUGACAGCUACGGCUUACGAGCAUUAAUUUUUCUUCAGAUGGUAAAUCUUUGUGGACAAAUCGGACAAACCUAUACGAUUUUUCUAGUGUUUACGUUGAUAAUUUACGUUUGCUUUUCAUAGCUGAGAAUGUUUCGGUAAAUGCUUAUACAUAUGUGACUAAGUGAUCGAUCGAGUUUACCUCAACAUUAUGAUAGGCAAGAAGUAUGAUUUGUAGGAAAACAAACAUUUAAGAAUAAAUCAUUCAGUGCGCGCUUCAAAAGAUUCUCUAAGCAAAAAAUGGCGAAGAAAUUAGACUACAGGCCAAUUGUGUGUGCCGAUGAGCUGCAGGUGCUGUUGAAGGCCUGUAUUGAUGUGGGAGUCGAAGCAGUUAGACGAAAGGGUGGUCGCACAGAGCCUCUUUUCUACGAUGUAAAACGGCGAAUGUCGCACUAUGGUGACUUUCCAGAACGAAAAUUGUACCGAUUGCAGACGCACUACUUUCAUACGGAGCGAGAUUUUCUUAAUGGAAAGCUGAAUCCAUAUCCACCGGAAGCAAGAACAUUGUGGGGAACAGCGGAACAUGAUGCUAAUGCACCCGAUAAUGAUAAACGUUGGUCCGAACUAGUAAAUCAAAUCCAGCAACGCAAACAAAGCCCCUCGCAUGUAUCGAGGACGGAAUCGAAAGAAAUUGUUAAUCAAGCUCUGCAGCGAAACUUGGAGAAUCUUUCCGCAAACGCUCAAGACUAUGUCUUCGAGGAAAUUCUUUCAGAGUUGAAAAUGAAAAAAUUGUUUCUUAAUCGGAAUGUAACGGUUCUUAAGCUGGCCUAUUUAAGAUUACGAAAACAAUUUCAGAAAGGAAGAGUUCGUUAUCUCCUACCAGAGGCUGCUCAGCUUUGGCCUUCAAAUAGACUAGAACAAGUCACUAUUAAAACGGAGACCCCUCAUUCAGAUGAUGAAAAUGAACCACUUUCCCGAUUGUCGGGAAAUAGUCGACAGGAAUCAUCGCCUGAACCAUUGGAAACAGUAGAAAAAACUAAAAACGAAUGUCGAAUCUGCCAAUCUCUGUUGCGCGAAGAAUGUAAAGAUCUUUUGGAAGAUACGUACAAUAACAAAACGUACGGGAAAAUCAUUCAGGAAACUAUCCAAGUUGAGAUCCCUUGCGAUGGUCAAGCAAACAGUAAAAUUUGCUCACAUUGUUCCGAUUUGAUAGAAAAAAUGUUGCUCUUUGUUCAGCAGUGUCGGGAAGCUUGCAACAUCGUAAUUCCUAUCAAGUUUGAUGAAAUAUUUGUAGACGAAAAAAAGCACGUCGCCAUCGAAGAGGAUGCCAUAAGUGAAACAAAGCAAACUGAAACAAUCGAAUGUACGGACGCAGCAAUAGAGUACGAUUCGGACGAACUUUCCUCUCCUAUGCGAAGUCCAUCUCCUGUAGAUGUUAUUUGCGAGCUAAAAGAUGAAGUAAGCGAGGAAAAAGAAAAGAAAAUAAUUGCUAAUGAGGAUAAACAUUCUGAAUUUGGCGAGAGGAGUACUGAGGAAACGAUCACUGAUGAGCAGAAAUACCAGGAGUUUAUGAAAAGUCUACCAGCCAAACCCAAAAAACAACAGUGUCAUUUGUGUGGUAAAACUGUAAACAAGUUAGCUCUUCAUUUGACCAGUCACGGUGCAGCUGAGUUUCAGUGCGAAAUUUGUUCACAAAAAUGCACUAACAAACGUCAGCUACAAGAUCAUAUGAAUUUACACACAAAGAAGAAAACUUAUCCCUGCCGAACAUGCGAACGUGUUUUUUACAAUUGGACUUCUCGGAAGUAUCAUGAGCAAGCUCACUUUGUUAAAUUUAACUGCGAUAAAUGUGGUGCGGUUUAUACGACUGAAAGCGGUCUGCGUCAGCACAUUAAACAUAUACAUAAUGGAAUUAAGCAUUUGGCUUGUUUAAGUUGCCCAUUCAAGACGUUUGUUAAAUCUCGUCUACUAAACCACGUGCGAAGUCUUCACACCAGAGAACGACCGUAUCGGUGUACUUUCUGCGAAAGUACGGCAAACAGUUCCAACAGUUAUUAUACUCAUUUUCAACGACAUAAAAAGAGCGGCGAAGCAACGGAAUACUCGAUGCUUUGCGCAUACUGUGGGCAGCGCUUCAACAAAGACGCGGCCCUCGAGAAGCACAUCCUCAAUGAACAUUCAGAAGUGGCUGUUGUAGUUUGAACAGAAAUGUAUUAUUGAUUAUGAUUUGCUCGAGAUACAUGCUUGAUUGCUGUUUGA